UUCCUUCUCGGCCCGGUCAUGUCCCCAAUUUGCUCAUUGCUCUGACUAUCUCUGAGGGGUUAACAAACCUCCCAAGUCCUUUUGAACUUUGUUUCAUCGGUGCUUGUGAUUAUAGUCUUCCUUUAACACCAAGAGUGUAAUUCACAGCUGCAGGAGCUGCAGGGGAAGUGGGAGGUGUUAAAUUAAUUCCCAUGUGUAAAAGUGCCGGUUCCCGUGAACUACAUACAAUUAAAGUGUUGAUCAUUGCCCCCAUUCAUGAACACAUCAUAAAUGUCCCCUUCGGGGUGACAUACGAAAAAAUUGGAACGAUACAGAGAAGAUUAGCAUGGCCCCUGCACAAGGAUGACACGCUUUCCCGGAGUGGUAGAUCUACGGAUCUCAAUAUUUAUUUUGCUUUUUGCCGCGAAAAUCCAGUUUUGUUAUUCUUGUGUAGGGGCCAUGCCAAUAUUUUCUCCUUCUGCUCUAAUUUUGGGAAAAGUUCAUCCUUGCGCAGGGGCCAUGGUAAUGUCAUCUACUUCUGCUCAAAUUUUGGCAGAAAAGGUCAUCCUUGAGGGCCAUUACAGGGGCCAAAAUACUUCAAUGCAUGGUUCAACUGGCAAAGUGAAUGCCAUGCACAGCCGUGCAGUGGCCUUCAAUCGCAUGUUUCUCAAGUUCCUCAAGAUCUGGCAGUUGCAGCAACCCCAGUUAUGAAUCCAGCACCACUGGUAAGCAGA